AUGGAGCCAUUUCAGUCUGGCUUUAAAGCACGCCACAGCACUGAAACAGCUUUGCUGAAAGUUUCAAAUGACUUGCUCCUCACACUUGACACAGACAAACCUAUCUCCAACACCCCCAAGUGGACAUUCCACUUCUACAGAGCCAUAGACGAUAAGGAUGAAUUGCAGAAGCUUCCCUUAAACGGCAGCAGAGGAGCUGGAGGCUCCUACACUCUCGGCCCUGUUGCUCUUCAACACACUGGGCUUUACGUGUGCAGAGCAGAGGGAGGAGAUCCAGCCUCUCUGACGGACUUCAGCAAUGUAGAGCCACUCUGGGUUAGAGGUUUCUCUCAUACAGCAUCUCUGGCAAUUAGACCCAACCGAACCCAACAUUUCAAAAAUGACCCUCUCUCUCUGAACUGUGAGGUGCUGGACAACUCUACCAAGUGGAGAUGGCAGACCACAGCUUACUUUGAGUCUGAACAGAGAGUAAAUACCACUUAUGAUGAAUACCCAAUGCAAUAUGACAGUGGCCUGUACUGGUGUGAGACUGAAUCAGGAGGAUACAGCAGAGGUGUCAACAUCACAGUGACAGAUGGCAAUGUAAUUCUGGAGAGCCCUGCCCACACUGUGACUGAAGGAGAUCCUUUGACUCUGCGCUGUUUAUCCCGGAACAGUACCUCAACCUUCAGUGCUGGUUUCUAUAAAGACGGAUCACUCCUUCAGAGCCAGACUACAGGAGAGAUGACCAUCCCUGCAGUCUCAAAGGCACAUGAGGGCCUCUACAAGUGCAGACACCCAGAGCUGGGAGAGUCACCAGAGAGCUGGAUCACAGUCAUCAACAAUAUUGGCUGCUUUCCAAGGCUGAUCAUCCAUGGCAGGAUUUCUCCACACAGCUGGAGAGGACUUGCCUUAUGUUAAGUACAGAGGGAACCAUUACUCUGCAGAGCUCCUCCCAGACAGCAGCAGAGGAGCUGGAGGCUCCUACACUCUCAGCCCUGCUGCUCCU